AUGACAACACCAAUUGUAAUUACAAGGCCAAACAAAUCAGUAAUUCUUACUAGCAACAACAACAAUACACAGAAAGUACUUCCACCGCCUCCACAGAACAAUGCAGCUUACACUUCUUCAAUUUUAUUAAACCAAGCUUUAUCUCCGAAUUCGCCGCCCAUGUCACCAAAUGUUCUCGUUCCAAGAGCUCCUGUCGUUCAUUUCUUUAUCUGCGACUACGGAAAUGCAAAAGUGAAAUCAAUUUCUGAUCAUUUCAUUGACUUAUUAGUUUCGAAUGGAAUCAAAGUAUUUACUGAAAGAUAUGCAACACAUCAAGCCGGAUUUCAAGUCCGUGCUGCAUCAUUAAACAGCAAUGCAGACUUUUUCUUCCAAAUUCACUCAAAAACAGCUGGCAGAGGCCAUGUUCGUCUUUACUUUGGUGGCCAACCAAAAAGAAUGACCGUUGAAGAGUCAGUUUGCGAUGUUUGGUCAUGGUGGAGAUUAAUGUGCGGAUCAAUCUCAAAUACAGAGUCAGAAGUCUUAUCAUCAGAAAAGCUUAAGUACGCUCUUAAAGUAUUUGCCAACAUUGAUUCAGAUAUACUGAACAUUGACGCUCUACAAGCUGAAAUUCGUGCUGCGGUAGAUAACCAUUCCAUUUCAUCAGAACUCUUGCAAUCAGUACUCAGUGCCCAGACAAUGAUAAAUGAAGGAAGAGGUCUCGUUCAAGCCCAGAAAGUUAUGAGAAUUGAAUGGUCCAGAGAACCAGGCGCUUUACUUACAAGAUGUGUCCAAAUGCCUGUUAUCAGAGGAUUGAGCCAACCCUUGAAAGAUCUUUUACUUUCCGUUUUGGAUCAAACUUUUUCAAAAUUACAAAGGUUAGAAAACAUUGUUCGUAAAUACAGAGUUUCUACACCACCUCCACCUGAACCAACACUUCCUGUUGACUCAGGUCCUGAAGUAGAGAUUCCAAUUGACGGACAACAGCCUGGUUUGUCUUGGGGAGCGUUAUUAGAAAGUGUAAAGGAUGAAUCUUACGGAAUGAACCAUAUCACAUCAUAUGGAGAUAUGAAUCAACAAGGAUCAUUCAGACAACCAUUUUUAAUCGAUGAAUUUUAA